CUGCUCGUCGCGGAACGGAGUCUCGGGUGAACAUCAGAUGCUCAAGGGCGGGAUCAGAAGUGGGUCCAAGAUCCUCGUCAAGUUCUCUUCGGACACUCGUCAGUGUCGGUCACAAUGUCACGGCCUUGGGAACAUCAAUGACGGAUGCGUCGAGAAAGAAUCUCGAGUUUCGUACAAGGCUUGUUCCUGGGAACGCUGCCAUUCCGAUAAACCUGAAGAAUUCCAUAUGACCGGAGAAGUUCUUGAGCCCUCGGCUCGACAAAGCAAAACUUUGUCACCGGAUCCCGAGAAAACAAGUCCCACUGAAAAUAAAAUCUCCACGCUAUUCACCAUGUACGAAGAAUGCAAAAAAUACCUGGAAACUUUGGAGCAUCGCGUUUCGCGCGAAUUAUCUUCGCGGAAGGAAGGAAGCAGCAGCAGCUGGCAAAUGAAUCGUCGACACCAAUCCUCGUCUUCGCCUUCAAUCGACGGCGUGCAUGUGACACAUUCAUUCACGGUGUUAUCGGGGUCAGUGUCGAGUCGAGAGUCUUUGUGUGAGCGAGAAAGUCGCGAAGACGUGCUUCGUAUGAAUGGUUUCGAGUCUCCGGACACUAGCGAAAUUUUUGUUCGACACUCGAUUGAGUCAUUGAGACCCGGGAAAACAUUCGCAAAACCUGAAUGGAAAGCCCAUCAACAAGAAACUGAGUUGGAUAAGUACAAAGACAGCAUCAGCAGUGAAUCAUCCAAGCCUGGAAUCAAUUCAGUGUCACCAUCCACGUUGCUGGUCGAUCUCAUUGAUGCCAUGCGACUCCAAUAA